UGCACUCAGAAUUCUGCGACCGGUGACGGGAACGGCGUGCUCGUCCGCAACAGAGGGAGUUGGUGGCGACACAUCAGCCUGCGUUAAAGGAACUCUAAUGAACAGAAGGCUCGCUCAUCAGGAACAGAGGAGACACAGAAGCGCGGCCGCUCAAAGGCCUAUUCUUUGGAUAAGAUUUCAUGAAGAAUAGUGCUCCUACUGCCACAUUUGCUACUACUGUCGCAUGAACCAUUUCCUCUUUAUAUAGCCGACGAACGGGAGUACUUAUGCCUCGUCUUCCCGCUUCCCCCUUGAGCUCAACCCAUCAUCGGCGAUUGCAUACCUGCUGCCGGCCGAUUCCUUCCGAGUUUGCAGAAAUGGGCAGCUUCCACGCCAUACGCAAGGCGCAGAGGGCUCAAGGUCCGGCCACCAUCAUGGCCAUCGGCACCGCCAAUCCUCCCAACCUCUACGAGCAGAGCACGUACCCGGACUACUACUUCCGCGUCACCAACUCCGAGCAGAAGCAGGAUCUGAAGCACAAGUUCCGUCGUAUCUGCGAGAAGACCAUGGUGAAGCGGCGCUACCUGCAUCUCACGGAGGCGAUCCUCAAGGAGAGGCCCAAACUGUGCUCCUACAUGGAGCCAUCUUUCGACGCCCGGCAGGAGAUCGUGGUGGAGGAGGUGCCCAAGCUGGCUAAGGAAGCCGCCGCCAAGGCCAUCAACGAGUGGGGCCGCCCCAACUCCGACAUCACCCACUUGGUCUUCUGUUCCAUCAGCGGCAUCGACAUGCCCGGCGCCGAUUACCGCCUCGCAAAGCUCCUUGGCCUGCCGUUGUCUGUCAACCGGAUCAUGCUCUACGGCCAGGCCUGCCAUAUGGGCGCCGCCAUGCUUCGCAUCGCCAAGGACAUCGCCGAGAACAACAGAGGAGCGCGCGUGCUCGUGGUGUCCUGCGAGAUCACCGUCCUCAGCUUCCGGGGUCCGGACGAGCACGACUUCCAGGCGCUCGCAGGGCAGGCGGGAUUCGGAGACGGGGCGGCCGCCGUCAUCGUCGGGGCGGAGCCCGUCCACGGCGUCGAGAAGCCGAUCUACGAGAUCAUGUCGGCCACGCAAGUGACGGUACCAGAGAGCGAGAAAGCCGUCGGAGGCCACCUCAGGGAGGUCGGCCUCACCUUCCACUUCUUCAACCAGCUGCCCAUGAUCAUCGCCGACAACAUCGAUAAAAGCCUAUCGGAGGCUUUCGAGCCUCUGGGGAUCACCGACUGGAAUGACAUCUUCUGGGUGGCCCACCCCGGGAACUGGUCGAUAAUGGACGCCAUCGAGGUCAAGCUGGAGCUGCAGCAGGAGAAGCUCAGCACGGCGCGGCAUGUGUUCGCCGAGUACGGGAACAUGCAGAGCGCCACUGUCUACUUCGUGAUGGACGAGGUGAGGAAGCGGUCGGUGAGGGAGGGGCGGGCGACCACCGGAUACGGACUAGAGUUGGGUGUGCUCUUCGGGUUUGGCCCCGGGCUCACCAUCGAGACCGUGGUGCUUCGCAGCGUGCCUCUCUAGGAUUCUCGAUGGAGCCUUAAUCAACGAUGUCCCUCCUGGCAUGCGAGUAAUCCAUCUGGUAGCUUCUCUCACGUUUAAUCAUCCUUCCUUUCUCUCAGUAUGUCUUUGUAGGAGAAAAAGGAAAAGGAAACGCGAUGUGAGUCUGUAAAAUAAGGUUGUGUUUUGUCAUCUAAUUUUCCUCUGAUCUGAUUGGAGCCAAUGUAGUCCGGACGACGAAUCAUAUA